ACUACAAUACCCAGAGUGUCCUGCUGCUUGUGCUAGCCGGGCGGUCAUGUGAUUCAAGCUCACGUGUUUCUAGAGUCGGCUCGGGCAAGACACCUACGAGAUUUUAGGUAAAGCCUUGAGAAGAUCUUGAGGCCAAAGGGGCAUGUGAGGAGACUGGGACCCCAUACCUCAGCAGAGAGAACAGCCCUCUUCUAGGAUAGCAGGUCCCCUAGAGUAGUUGCCCUAAAGGGGCAGACACUCUCUUGGCUACCCCAGGAAUGUGGUCGUGAGGCAGAAGCCACAGCUUCCAGAAGAAGAGUACAGUCCUGGACCAUGGCCCAGGUCAGCAUCAACAGUGACUACAGUGAGUGGGCCUCCAGCACGGAUGCUGGGGAGCGGGCCCGUUUGCUGCAAAGCCCCUGUGUGGACAUGGCCCCCAAGAGUGAGGGGGAGGCAUCUCCCGGAGAGCCAGACAGAGGCACCACCUCGACGCUUGGGGCUGUCUUCAUCGUCGUCAACGCCUGCCUGGGUGCAGGACUGCUCAACUUCCCAGCAGCCUUCAGCACUGCUGGGGGCGUGGCAGCUGGCAUCGCCCUGCAGAUGGGCAUGCUGGUUUUCAUCAUCAGUGGGCUCGUCAUUCUGGCCUACUGCUCCCAGGCCAGCAAUGAGAGAACCUACCAGGAGGUGGUGUGGGCCGUGUGCGGCAAGCUGACAGGCGUGCUGUGUGAGGUGGCCAUCGCGGUCUACACCUUCGGCACCUGCAUCGCCUUCCUCAUCAUCAUUGGGGACCAGCAGGACAAGAUCAUAGCUGUGAUGGCGAAGGAGCCCGAAGGGGCCAGCGGCGGCCCCUGGUACACAGACCGCAAGUUCACCAUCAGCCUCACGGCCUUCCUCUUCAUCCUGCCCCUGUCCAUCCCCAGGGAGAUCGGCUUCCAGAAAUAUGCCAGGUUCGGAGGUCCCAACCCAGCCUGGGCCGACAGAGGCUCUGAUCAAAGGCAACUGGAGAGCCGUUUCUGUUUCCUGAGUGUUGUGGGCACCUGGUACGUCACCGCCAUUAUAAUCAUCAAAUACAUCUGGCCAGAUAAAGAGAUGCGUCCAGGGGACAUCCUGACCAGACCAGCUUCCUGGAUGGCUGUGUUCAAUGCUAUGCCCACCAUCUGCUUUGGAUUUCAGUGCCAUGUGAGCAGCGUGCCCGUCUUCAACAGCAUGCGGCAGCCGGAAAUAAAGACCUGGGGUGGAGUGGUGACAGCUGCCAUGGUCAUAGCGCUGGCUGUCUACAUGGGCACAGGCAUCUGUGGCUUCCUGACUUUCGGAGCUGCUGUGGAUCCUGACGUGCUCCGGUCCUACCCCUCGGAGGACGUGGCCGUGGCCGUGGCCCGAGCCUUCAUCAUCCUUAGCGUGCUCACCUCCUACCCCAUCCUCCACUUCUGUGGGCGGGCUGUGGUGGAAGGCCUGUGGCUGCGCUACAAGGGGAUGCCAGUGGAGGAGGACGUGGGGCGGGAGCGGCGGCGCCGUGUCCUGCAGACGCUGGUGUGGUUCCUGCUCACCCUGCUGCUAGCGCUCUUUAUCCCUGACAUCGGCAAGGUCAUCUCGGUCAUCGGAGGCCUGGCAGCCUGCUUCAUCUUCGUCUUCCCAGGGCUGUGCCUCAUUCAAGCCAAACUGUCAGAGAUGGAGGAGGUCAAACCAGCCAGCUGGUGGGCACUGGUCAGUUAUGGAGUCCUUCUGGUCACCUUGGGAGCCUUCAUCUUUGGCCAAACCACAGCCAAUGCCAUCUUUGUGGACCUCUUGGCAUGAACACUGCCUCCCAGAAAACGUGACCAAGAGCCAUCUCUCAGAGCUGUGGAGCUACCCCAGGUCCCACAUCCUGUUACAGCUGGUGACAUCCACAGUUUCCCAGGGACAGUCGUGGGAUAGAAUUGGCCUCGAAUCUGUGCACAGCUCCCACCCAGCUGCCUUCCUGCUCCCCAGUCUUGGCCUUGUCAUGGAUGGUCACAGGAGGUCCCAUAUCACAGGAGAUUCCCCUUGACCCAGGUCUCAAGUCAAGCCUUUGGGACCUGAGAAUGGAGAUGGUCAGUGAGUCUCAGAAGAGAGCCCAUUCUGACUUCCCUCUGGAAAAAAACACAAAAACAAAACCGUGUGCAUAGAGCUUGUAUCCUCCACAGAGCUUGUCAGGACUGUGCCCAGUACCUCGGGGUUGAGUGCCUGCCCAUGUCUCUCAGAAGCCAAUGAUGGCUUCUCCUGGGACCUGGCAACUUCCAAAGGAGACGCUGAUAGCAUAUAAAUGUCCAUUCCCCUGUGGGCCCCCUGUGAGCCUCUGGUAGCCUCCCAAGUCUUUAGGGUCCCUGCCCUGACUUUGUCCAAACCUAGUGGUCCAGAUUGGGUAUCCUUCUCCUGUGUCCCCAGACAUCACUAAGUCUAAUGUUUACAAAUGGUGCCAGCCUGGCUCCAGGCUAGGGGCUGCCAUUGCCACGGUGCUGUGGGCACUCUUCCGUUAACUUUCCACGUGGACAGAGGGACUGUGGCUUUUCAGAGGCUCAGGGUGGGUCGCAGGAGAGACUUGGGACUUUUGGACUUUCCUUCCAGGCUGGGCUGCCCAAGGUCUGGAAGCUGCAGCACCGUUACUUCACUCUCCCAAACUUGCCCUCUCUCCUCCCCAGCCAAACCUGUCCCGGGAACCCAGGAGGAAGUUAGCCUGGAGACCCUGGGCAUUUCCUUUACUAUCCACCCUGCUGUUCCUUCCAUUCCCACACCCCACCCCUCCCUCACCCGGUACCCUGUCUCUUCUCUUUCAUUUAUGGGUGGGUUUUGUCAUUUGUCAGGGGAGGGGAUGGCAACAAACCCUGUCACAUCAGCUUGCCCAGCUGCACACAUCUGUCAUGCCUGGCCUCAGUGCCCGGGAAUCCCUCUGAGUCAUACCUACCCCAAAUGAGGCCAUGCCGGAUACUUUGUAUUUUCACUACCUUAGCCUCUCAGCUACCCCUGCUCACUUUUGUAAGUCCCAGGUACAGAAUUGGUCUCUCUCCUCAUACUUUUCUCCAUCUAUUCUGCCUAAAACAACUAUCCUAGACGUGAGUGGAGGCCUUCCCAGCAGCCCUCCCAACUCAGGUCAGUCCAGCUGAGGUGGCAGAGGCUGGGCAUCCAGACUAGCCGAAUUGCUGCUCUUUCUCAUCCAUCCCUGGCACCCAUCCUCUCUGGUCCCACUGUGCUCAUUUCCCUCAGCCUCCACGUGCUGCCUCUCAGGGGCGGCCAGGCAUAAAGCUGGGGGCAUGGCAGAGACACAGGCCAGCUGAGACAGUUGACCAGAACCCAGCUUCAGCUUGACCUCAGGACCCCGCCCCGUCCUGUCCCUUGUCCUCAGCCAGUGUCUUGCUGGUUCAUUUCUACUCGAGCACACUUGGAGAGGUGGAGAUGGCUAGUAAAGGAGCUCGCACUGCUGAA